AUGACCAUUCAGAGUGAAAGACUUUUCCUCUUGAUCCAUUUCUUUGACUUGCCGCACGUGCUGAUGUCCCACGUGCGGAUGUCUCGUGUGUUUCGCGCUACACGUGCCACUACCUCGUGUGUUGCUUCAGACAAACGAAGCAAAGCUCUUUGUAUGCAUACAAGCACUGAAAAGUCAUCGCAAGAACUUCAGCUUGUUCACAAUUAGAGUUUAAGCUGAGUUUGUGAUAUAACAAGAUGUAAACCCAAAAGGUAAGCGAAAGAGGAGUUAAGAUAGCGAUAGAUGUUUUCUGGGAAAUUUGUAGUUGCCUUUCGGGCUUUUCUGAAAUGGUAAAGGGUAGUACAAUAACAGUUAAGAUGGCGAUAGAUGUUUGCCGGGAACUUUUUUAAUUGCCUUUUAGGCUUUUCUGAAAUGCGCAUUUCUUAAAAUUUUUUGGAUUGAAUACGCUCGCAUAGGUUUCGGAGACGGGAAAAAUGUGAAUCACUGUUUCAGAGGAUCUGGUUAAGUGGAAAUAAGCAGGAGGCGAGAAAAUGUACUGAAACACAGCGGACUGUAGAGAGGGCAGAAUAUGGUCAUUUUUCACACAGAAGUCGCGUUGCUGCAAAACCGAAUCGUAGCGCGUUUAAGGGCCUACUUUGUCACUGAUUGCUACGUCGCCACUCAAAAGUCGCGUGUAGCUAAAAAUUUAGAGGUCACAGCACGUGAGGCAAAUCCAGCGUGUGAAGUCAAUUUUUCUUUCGUCUACAGCAAAGUUUAAAUCAUUAUUUGCGCUCAUUAUCGAUUUCGACGAGCACAUAACUUUAAAAUUAUUUAAAUGUACCAGAAGAAAGACAAAAUCAGAAACAUUAUAGAAAUGUGAGGGGAAUACAAGUCAGACAUCACAGUCACGUUUGUCAUGUAAAGUGAUCACGUUUGGACAUAUGUGACUUCUAUGCACGCAAUUACGUAACAUCCUACAAAAGCUUUAAAAUCACCACAAAGUAUACUCGACAGCGUACCACCGUUAAAAAGUAUUAUCACUGAUGCCAUAUACAAUACUGCAACCUCUAUGCACUCGUUUAUCGGCCAAAUGAUCGCUACAGGCGGUUGAAUUUCGACAAGGAAGCUUUUUGAGAGGUUUGUGAUAAUUUUGUUUCGUACGAACUCAGUGAACCAUAUGGAACUUUUCGUGAACAUACUAUUAAAAGUUGUCGUGCAAAUUUUGCAAGAUUAAACGUAGAAGUAACAGAUCUAGUCUCCCACCUAAGUCAUUAUAAAAACUAUUUGUUGAUUUUCAAUAUCAUAUUCUUAAAGUCCUGACGAUACAGAAUUUAUUCGAUCGAGCGUUGCUGCGUCCAGGCUUGACAUUGAAUUCAGUUCUCGGUUUAAAAGAGAAAAUGCUUCGAAGACUUCCGUCAUCGUCUUUCCAUCAUUCGAUUUAACUCAUCUUAUUGAACUUCCGUUAAAAAUAUUGCUUUGAAGAGAACGCAAGAUACGACAAACAAGACUCUCAAAUGUUCCAGAAAGCAUGAGUAUAAAACUGUAAUAUCUGACCUAUCGGACGUAGCUAUUAAACUAUAUUGUUAUGACUUGGUUUAAACGCGUCCGAACUCUUCAAUGAUAUCAUUGUUGCCUGGUUUAUUUAUUUGUUUAUUUUUUUUUCUAAUCUUUUCAAGUUACAAUUUGAUGUUGGAUGAUUUCAUUAUAAGCGGAAAGUUAGAUGGCGGAGGACUUUGAAGACAACAGAGGUCAAUUUCAGGUUGGUCAAAGAAAACGCAGUAUUAUGUUAAUCGAGGUUCUACAGACAAGCUGUUGGCACGAUUGUAAGAGCCGAUGUAUAUCCCAUGCUCAUGUUACCAUUGGUUUGAAUGAUACACGUUUUUCGUAAGACAAAAAAAUCCAAAAACUACAGAAUUAAUCUGAUUCAGCGUUCGAAGAAUCUGAUGAAAUUUUUCCUUAGAAUUUUUCCCUAGAAAAUUUUCCUUUGUCGCUUAGGGUGAUGUAAUAAUCCCAAGACCGACAGCAACUGGUAUCCCAAGGUCUUGUAAUGUUACUAGCAGUGCUAGCUGCUCAGCUGGAGAGUCAAAGCACCCUCAAAGAAGUGGGCACUAUAGCACCUCUCCAUCAACAUCCGGUGAUAUGAUGUCAAAGGGCAGUCCUGGAAAUUACAACCACAACCACAAUCACCACUACCAUAGACACCAUCACAGCAAAGGAAAGGUCAAGAAACAUUAUAAUGGAAGUUCAGACCGCUUUAGUCGUACUGCUGCUGUACUGCGACAGGCAGGGCUUAUGAAACUUACCCUGCAAAUUGCUCAGUUGAUUAAAACUAAUGAAGAUCUUCAAAAAGAAAUUGAUGAACUGCAAAGUGAAGCUCUUCAAUUCAGUGAAAAUUUAAAAAUGCAACUUCAGCAGAAACUACAGGAUCAAAAUGGGACCAGUGAUCUACAUGAUGAAAACAAAUGA